AUGUUUAUUUUUGGAAUUGUUGUGUUGGCAAUGCCAGCCCUGGUAUUUCUUGAUGUUAGCGUGUCAGAUGAGGAUAUCAUAUACCUGAAUUAUGUAAAGUACGUGCGUGGAUUUCGUUUACAUAAGGGAGUAUUCCGCGUGAUUGAUAUCUCGUCUUAUACAUCAUGUGUAAAAGAAUGUCUAUUUCGUGUACAUUGCCAUGGGAUCACGUACCAUCGGACUCAAUUCUACUGCCACCUGGUUAACCAGUCUACUGACCUACAAGUGGUCAGUGAUAAUAACAUAAUCUCAAGCCAUCCAACUGACUGGAAUCCACCUAAGGAUAUUGCUAAAAACUGUUCUGAAAAACCAUGUGGGUCCGGACAGAGAUGUACUGAACUUUCGUCUGGCAAUAUUGUGUGUAUUAAUACAGAAUGUUCCGAUCCGCCGGAAAUGACGUUAUCCACCACAUCUAGUUUAAGGUCCGUUGGCAUUACUAUUAGUAACGAAUACCUUUCUAACUCCUCAUUCCCAAACGUCACAUGUGUAACGGAAAGCAUCACAUGUAAGGCAGACAAUACGUGGACAAGUCCGAAGUACACAUUCAAACAGUGUCCCUUGGAAUUUCAAAUUGUAUCCGAUGCCUAUUGUAUCCUGCUUGUGACAAAUCAAUCAUUGACGGCAACCGACAGUGAUGAGUACUGCCAGACAAAAGGAGGCCGACUUAUCUGGAUGACAAGCGUGGAAAAGUUCGAUGCCGUCGAAGCCGUUAUUACAUCCGGGAGAUACUUUUUGGCAGGAACAGACGUAGAUGUUGAAGGCAUAUGGAGAUUACCUAAUGGUGAAGAGAUGACGUGGAUACGAAGUCGAGGGACAGAGUUAAACACCGAUGUUGAUGAUUGUCUAACCUAUGACAGAAGUAGAGGGAAAUUGAGGGAUAUUUAUUGCGACCUAACAACAAACUUCAUAUGCGAAGUUGUAUAG